GUAGACGGCGUGCAUCUCCCUGGUCACGCGCAGAUUACCUUACUCCACUUUACUCCAUUUCUCGCCGCCAUUGCUGUCAGCCUUCCAGAAGACGAGAGAAGGGAAGACAGAGGCAAAAGGAAGAAGAGAAGAAAAGAAGGAGAAGCGGGAAAGAAACGAGAGCAAGAGCUAGCGAGAGAGCAAGUGAGAGUGAAUUGAGAGGGAGGGUGAAAGAGAGGGAGCAAGAAACAGCUAGAGAGAAGAGAGACUGGAGGCAGACAAAGGGAAAAAGAGACAGAGAAGAGAGAGAAACACACACAGAGAGAGAGAGAUUGACAGUGAGAGUGAGAGAGAGGAAGGAGAACCACGAGGCUGAUGCAGCUAGCCGAGACUCUGCAAUCUCUGCCGUGAGUCUCUCCGGCGGCGAAUGGCUAGCACUCUGAACACGGCGCAAAUACUGGCGCAAAAGAAGAAAACGGACAAGUACGAGGCUGCGCGCACUGGCGCCCGCAACUCCAAGGACUCCGUCGUCGAGACUUACACCAAGGGCGAGCGCUUUAUCAAGUAUCAGGAAUCCGUGAUGAAUGCUGUCGCCCAGCAACAGCACCAGGCCCAACCCGCUCCGCAGUCCGCCCACCGCAGCUCCCCCUCCAUUCCCCAUGACUUUGCGCGCGACGCUCCUGUCUCCGCGACCGCCGAUAGCACCUUCGCCACUCCUCCGCCGCCUCCAGCAGCUGCGCCUCUACCGGCAGGAAAGGGCAAGGCCAAGGGCAAAAAGGGCAGUCUCAGCUCCGCCAAUCCCUCCGACGCGCAUGCCGCGCUGCUUUCUAAGAUCUCGCAGCUCGAAUCGACCAACGCCGAGGACGCACACCAAAAUGCUGAGAUCGAGGCAGAGGUGAAGAAGGCGAACCGGGAUCUAUCUCAGCUGCUCAACACUAUGGAACCACAUCACAGCAAAAUGGACAUCUUACAGAAGAAGUACAGCGACUUGCUAGCGGAGAUGAAGAGGACGGAGCGCGAGCACGUGAAGGCCAAGAAGCGCGGAGAUCAGCUGCAAAAAGAGAAGGAAGAGGUCGGAAAGGAACGAACGCGCGAACGAGGGCUGAAGGAAAAGUUGGAGAAGCUCAGUCGCGAGUUGACGCGUGAAAACAAGAAGCUCAAAGACGACUUUCGAGAGCUGAAAGAAAACGCUGCCAACAGGAAUGAUGAGCUGCAUCGGAAGCUGGAGAACCUGGUCAUAGACGUGGAAGAAGUGGUGUGCGAAAAACGCUCGCCCGAACGGCAGGCCGCCGAACUGGAGCAGGAUAGGUUGUUCCGCGAGAAGUUCACUUCAUUCCUGCACCAGUACGAGCUGCGAGAGCUGCACUUUCAGUCGUUACUGCGUGUCAAAGAGCUGGAAAUCCAAUAUCAGAUCGCGCGGCAUGAUCAGCUGAAGAAGGCACAAGAAAGCGAGUUGAGCAAAAGCCACCAACUCACACGACAAGUCAGCACAUUCAGCCAAACGGAGAAUGAACUGCGCGGCCAAUUGAACGUCUACGUGGAGAAGUUCAAGCAGGUAUGUCAAGACUUCUACCACCAUCAACACGCAAAAGUAGAAGACACCUUGAACAACUCGAAUGAUCUUUUCCUCACGUUUCGCAAGGAAAUGGAGGAAAUGUCCAAAAAGACGAAGCGGCUCGAGAAGGAGAACCUCAAUUUGACGAGAAAGCAAGAAGCCACGAACAAGAACAUCUUCCAAAUGGCCGAGGAGCGCUCGCAGUCUCAACAAACCAUCGACCGACUCACACGGGAGAACGAGAAGCUUAAGAAGCUGUGCCGAGCAAUGCAGACGGGCGGCUACGGUAAUGCACAACAAAUGGCGCAGCAGGGAGCUCACGUGGGCCAAGGCGCCGACGAAUUCGAUGAAGGGAUCGAUGGCGAGACCGAAAGCGAGUAUGAAGACGAUGAGGAGUACGACGAGGACGAGGGCGAAUACGACGACGAUACCGAAGAAGAGCCCGAGGACGAACAGACUCGGGUAUAUGGACCUCCACCUCCUCCGCCACCACAGACGGAGGUCAUCAAACCCAAUGGACAGAUCCAUCGAGUCACAGAGGGUGAACAGCGGGCGAUGAUGGCUCCCGCACAUCGUGCGGCACUCGAUGCGCAGGCUAAACAGGCUGUUCAGGUUAAUGGGAAUGGACAGAGGCACUGAUCACGCUUGAUCAACUCUGUGUGCGAUACCUGCUUGGUCGCGCAGCGAUCCAUUCUUUGCUGUACAACAUACACACAUUCUUUGCGAUUGCGGGGAGUGUCACUGCGGGCAUGUCAAGCUCAAUUCUCUGAUUGAAAACCGACCAUGUACAAAUCAUCAACAACAAACCAUCAUUUCCCA